AAUCAGCACUCCAGUGAAUAAAUAGAGCUCGGUGGACACUAUCCUUAGAAAUUAAUCAGUAGCGAAAAUUACGACAUUCUGCGAAGCCCCUUAAAGCGGCCGUGUAGCUCCGCCCCCUUCUGCCAGACAUGCCUGUUGUAGUGUCGCAUUUUGUCUCUUUGCUCUGUUUAUAUUUCCAUCAAACGGGGAGUUUUAUUUAAAAUUAAUACCAGCGCAAACCCUGGGACGGAACCGGGCUCUAUUCGGGCAUCUGGACUCAGCUGAAGAAUAGAUGUCGUCCAUGUGGCAGCAGGAGCCGUCCGGUUACUCCCCGUGUGUGGAGAUUGACUCCAGCUCUGUCAGGUCCAAGGACCGACUCGGCUCCUCCAGCUGGCUAAAACAAGAGCAGGAUGAGCUCCGCAUCAUCAAGUGGGAGAACUUCCAGGGUGGAGCCUCCUCCGACGCGGUUCAGGACAACACUCCCAGCAGCGCCAUGUCUGCAGCUUCAACGUUUGAAGGCUUGCCCCCCCGGGUGCUGCUGACCAUCACAAAGCUGCAGUGCAUGCUGGAGAGCAAACAGGAGCGCAUCGCUACGCUGGAGCGUCAGGUGGAGGACCUGAUGCAGGACCGCAAGUUUCUACGCAGUCAGAUCGAAAACCUCACGAGCAAUCGCUCCAUGGCGCCCUUUGCUGCACCCAGCUCAGCAGCUGAAGCUCCUAAGGCAAGCAAAGUGCAGCAUUCGGAAAACAAAUCUCGAAAGAGAGAGAGAGCUUCUUCUUCGUCGUCGGCCAGCAGCGACAGCGGCUCGGAGGCGUCCGACUCUUCCGAAAUGUCGGUGGCCUCAAGUGAGCACCGGCGGAGAAAACACCACAAGGAGAAGAAAAGAUCAAAGAAAGGGAAGGACUACAGCAGGAAGCGAGCCACCGGUGUCCUGUACGUCAUUAACCGCUACAAACAGGUCCUCUCGGCCUUCAUCAGGAAGAAAAGCAUGAGCGAGGCCUUCCGUCACCACGGCAUCGACAGGAACACCAUCGCCAACACGGCAUCCAUCGCCGAGCUGCACCUUGCCGGGAAGGAAAUGGUGCCCCUGGUGGGCCAGUUCCGCCAAGGUGAAGAGACUCUGGUUAAUUACGCUCAACGGUGCACGUUGGUCAUCGACAGCGACCCCGAACUGUCCAGAAAAAUCGACCAGAUGAAGGCGAACGGCCAGCUGCUGCCCAUUUCAGGGAAGAGGCCCAGGGUGUUGCAUUCUCACAUGCAGCCGCUGCGCGACGCCACAGAGAGCAUCUUAAUAGGCUGAUGAUGGAAAUGGAUCCUUUCAGCUUUUAUGUCGCACAUCCUUUAAUUGUUGUUUUUUGUAUUUCUCACUAGGAGUCUUAUUCCUUUUUUGUCCUGGGAAGAUCCAUCAAUUUUAAUAUCUGGAGGUUUUUUUGUCUCUGUAGUAACACAAAUGUCCACUAGAUGGCAGCGUGCACAUGUCAUAUUGAUGAACGACACUUUCAGGUUGCUCUCUCCAGUUUUUGACAAUAAUUGGAGGUGUUUUAAUUGUUUGUUUGCUGCAUUGAUCUUAUUUCUGCUAAUAAAAUCAGUUUGUUUAUAAAAACGUUUCGCCAAUAUGUGUUUCUUGUGUAUAUUUAUGACGAGUCUGUGAAAGAAUAAUACAGUCAUAUUCAAUUAAUUAGACAAACGUGCAUUUUCAAUGAGCCUCGUUUGUCAGACUAAAAGUACCUUUUAAAAAUAAUCUUUAAGCAGGUAUUAAACGUACUUUUCACUAAGCCCACGUUUCUGUAAUAAAAUGUUUUUUUUAAUUAGCCUGAUGUAAUAUUACGAUCUUAAUGUCGUGUUUUCAUUUGCUGUAAGUGAAAAUUAUCAUAAAUGACAGAAAUAAAGACUUUAAAACAUC